AUGUUUUCCCGCAUUUCCAGGCGCAUCCCAUUUCAAAAUCUGAACCGUACUUCGGUGCUUCAUAGGGCACAACCGUUACUAACCAAGCCAGCAGCACCCUCCACGGCCUUCUUCUCUUCUCAGAGAUCUCUGAAAACACGCCUCAGAGAAGGAGAAAAUCUUUAUGGGUUAUUUCUCCUUUCAUUCUCGCCGGAGAUGGCUGAGAUUGCUUCGUAUGCAGGUUAUGACUUCAUCGUCGUGGACAUGGAGCACGGUGCCGGCGGAGUUCGAGAGGCGCUCACAUGUAUACGCGCUGUUGAGGCAGCAGGAUCUUCCACCGUACUCCGUGUGCCAGAUAAUUGUCAAGCAUGGACCAAGAAGGCUCUGGAUCUUGGCCCUGACGGCAUUAUGUUUCCGAUGAUCGAGACUGGUAAAGCACCUUCGGAUGCUGUCUCGUACUGCCGGUAUCGCCCUGACGGACUCCGCGGCUGUGCUUACUCGAUUGUGAGAGAUUCCAAGUUCGGGUUCGACGAAGAGUAUUUACGUAAUUACACCGAUCAGCUACUGAUCAUGUGCCAGAUAGAAUCCGAGGAAGGUGUGAAGAACGUGAAGGACAUUGUCGCCGUUGAUGGGAUGGAUUGUGUGAUGAUGGGGCCGAGGGAUCUGAGCGCGAGCUUGGGGCUACUCCAUGACCCAGGAAAUGCGAAGGUGAAGUCCCUCAUGAGGACGGCUGAGACGGCGGUGAUAGCUUCCGAUCCGGAGAAUGGUGGAGCUUACUUGGCCGGGAUGGCCACGGCUCAGGACAAACCGGUGGAUCUCAGGUUACGUGGAUAUCACAUGAUAAUUGGAGCUACUGACGUGCCUUUGUUUAAGAAGGCAGUGGUUGAUGACGUUAAGAGUUUUAAGUUUGGAUGUUCGUAA